CGGGCCACCCACGUGCUGCUCGCGAGGAACCCGGUUUCCUGUGUUGCUGCGGGUAGCGUCUCCGGCGGAGGAUGUCGUCGCGGCGGAAAAGCCGAGGGAAGAGCGAGCGCUCGGGCGGGAGCGAGAGCCCCGCCGCGGGCGACUGCGGGCCCCGAAACCCCUUUUCCUUCGCCGUCAUCGACUUUAUCGACAAAGCCGACGAGAAGGUCCCUAAGUGCUGCAGGAGCUUCCUGGUCCAGCUGAGUGUGGGCAGCAUGAAGUGUGCGGACAUCAGCAUCGGGUCGCCCGUCCUGGUGACCGGCGGGAGCAGCGGCCGGCAGGAGGUGUGCACGGCCUGGCCCACCGCCGCGUUCCCGGGGGGCAAGGUGGGCCUGCGGGGCGGUACGCGGCGCAACCUGGGCGCGAAGGCCGGGGACGAGGUUUCCGUCGUGCCGCUGACGGGACCCGUGGUCCAGGCCGAGGAGGUGCGCCUCACCCCCGGACACAAGAUUGACACUCUAAAUAUGGAAGAAUUUAGAGAUUUUGUUCUACGGUCUCUGGAUGGGAAGAUUAUACUUCCGGGAAACGUCCUGUCUCUCAUUUUUUUUGCGCGGCCCUGCAGCCUGAGGGUGGAUCGGCUGACCGGGGUGGAUGGGGUCACUCUGGAGAGAAGCGCCCUGGGUCAGGAGGAGAUGGAGUCGGUGCUGUCGGAGAGCCCGACUGUCAAUUCCAGCUCCCAGGACCUGUCGAUGCAGCUCGGCCGCUUGAACCUGGAGGAUGAGGAGACGGGCCCCACUGCCAGCACCCCCUGCAAGGCCCAGACCCCUUCCCCACCCUGCGAGGAUCCCCUGCCCUGCAGCGACCCGGCCUUGGAGCUGGCCCCACCCGCAGAACCAGCCCUGACUGACCAGCUUUCCAUGGCACCCCCAGGUGGGCGCUCAUCCAGUGACACGUUUUACUUCAUCUCGCUCCUUACCAAGAUCAGGUUCACUGAGAGAUGUGAGCAGGGAAGGACAGAGGUCGAAGAUGUUCCCAAAGUCACCUACAGCAUGAUCGGAGGCCUCAGCAGCCAGCUGGCCGCCAUCAGAGAGACCAUCGAGCUUCCUCUGAAACACCCGGAGCUGUUCAAGAGCUACGGUAUUCCGCCCCCUAGGGGGGUGCUGUUGUACGGCCCCCCGGGCACGGGGAAGACCAUGAUUGGGCGAGCAGUGGCCAGCGAGGUGGGAGCUCACAUGACUGUUAUCAACGGGCCUGAAAUCAUGAGCAAGUACUACGGAGAAUCGGAAGCACGGCUGAGACAGAUCUUCGCAGACGCCUCCCAAAGGCGGCCUGCAAUCAUUUUCAUCGACGAGCUGGACGCGCUGUGUCCGAAGCGGGAGGACGCUCAGAACGAGGUGGAAAAGAGAGUAGUGGCGUCGCUGCUCACCCUCAUGGACGGGAUCGGUGCGGAGGGCCACAGUGGACAGCUGCUGGUAUUGGGGGCCACUAACCGGCCCCACGCUCUGGACCCUGCCCUGCGGCGGCCCGGCCGCUUCGACAAGGAGCUGGAGGUGGGCGUGCCCAGCGCGGUGGACCGAGCCGACAUCCUGCGCAAGCAGCUGAGCUCCAUGCCCUGCCGCCUCUCCCCGGGGGAGCUCGCCGCGCUGGCCGAUAGCGCCCAUGGCUACGUGGGGGCGGACCUGGCCGCCGUCUGCAAGGAGGCAGGGAUACACGCGCUGCGGCGGGUGCUCAACAGAGACCCUCAUCUGGUGGAUGAGCAGGUGAUGGGCACCGUGACUGUCACCCUGGAGGACCUCCAGCUGGCCAUGUCCCAGGUGAAGCCCAGCGCCAUGAGAGAGGUGGCUGUUGAUGUUCCCAAGGUGCGGUGGUCUGAUGUGGGGGGUAUGGACGACGUUAAGCUGAAACUGAAACAGGCUGUGGAGUGGCCCCUGAAGCACCCCGAGGCUUUUUCCCGUAUGGGUAUCCAACCCCCGAAGGGCGUCCUGCUGUAUGGUCCCCCUGGCUGCUCGAAAACCAUGAUUGCGAAGGCCCUGGCAAAUGAAAGCGGACUGAACUUCCUGGCAAUCAAGGGCCCAGAGCUUCUCAGCAAGUAUGUGGGUGAGUCGGAGAGAGCUGUCAGAGAGGUUUUCAGGAAGGCCAGAGCAGUAGCUCCUUCCAUCGUGUUCUUCGAUGAAAUCGACGCCCUUGCCGUGGAGAGGGGAAGCUCCGCCGGCUCCAGUGGUGUGGCGGACCGAGUCCUGGCGCAGCUGCUGACAGAGAUGGAUGGCAUCGAACAGCUACAGAAUGUCAUGAUCCUGGCAGCCACUAACCGUCCGGACAUGAUAGAUAAGGCCCUGAUGCGCCCCGGCCGUCUCGACCGCAUCAUCUACGUCCCGCUGCCGGAUGCCGGCACGCGACGGGAGGUCUUCCGGCUCCAGUUCCGUGGCAUGCCCGUGGCCGAGGACGUGUCGCUCGACGACCUGGUGCUCCGGACAGACAAGUAUUCGGGGGCUGAGAUUGGUGUCCUGUCCAGCAUGUUCCUUGCCUUAUACUCUCUGCCUCCAGAAAAGGACCACUGUGGCCCUGCAGUGGACAAGCAGGGAUGGAUGGAUGGAUGGACCUUGUAGUGUAAGUAUGUUCUCGUAGUAGGAGAGCUGAAGUCCAGACUCCUAUAACUGCUUGUUUAAUGAUGGUUUCACACCUUUGACUGCGAACGCACAUCCUUUCCUUUGGGCAGUGAUAUAGCCUUUCCCAGAAACACUCGCACUUUUACCACUUCCCACCCUGCUGGGACCUCUGGCCUUUGAAGCCCUGAUGGCGAGCGGAGAUUGGGCGACCCGGUGACCCGCGGUUCCUUCCAGGGGGCGAUCGGACGAGAGGAAGUAGCCUUGUUGAUAACUGGCGAAGUGCAGGAGUAGCGGACUACUUAGAUCUGCUGUGUUGCAGCCAAAGGAGUUGGUUCCAAUCCCAGCUCCUACUGCAUCACCCUUGAUCAGUACCGUAAACUGAUACAGUAAUGAUUACCCAGCAGUAAAAAUGGGUAAAUCGCUGUAGGCAGAGUAACAUGAGCAAAGUGGACCGCAUUUUGCAGCUAAACGCGCAGCCCACAAACUGGAAUUUUCCAGAGGAAGGGGUGCGGAUCCAAAUUCCACCGUAGUGUGCCUGUGUCCCGGGGAGAAGGAAUGCCCCGCAGUCGCUGAAGAAGCUGUCGCAGCAGCGGGCAUCCCCCAGCGUGGCCAAAUACGCAUUUGGGGAGGGUACGACGGGGCGGGGGCCUUUUGUGCAUCUAAACUAGCUUAAGGUAACGCAACACCUCCACCUCUCCCGCCGGCGCAGCCCCCGCCCCACGGCCGGCAGUUAGCGCCUCGGCACAGGACUCUUUGUCUGGCGCUCCGCACGCAGGAAGCGCACGCUCUGAGCGACACCUUGGGGAACAGCUGCCUUGUAAUGAGCCUUUGUCCUGGCGUUACUUCCCCAGGUGUGUGUUUGCGCGAAGCGACUGCGCUUACACGCAUUUUUGCCUCUCAGCAGUGUGUGGUGGAUAUUACAGCAUGGUAAUAGUUACUGCGGUUGUUCCCAUUCUUUUUGUCCUGCAUUUACGGAGAGAGAGCAGCCAAUGCAUCCACUGUGGUUGAGCCACCAUGGGCAGGAAGAGGCCAUGUCAGUGUGCGCGCACACACACACACACACACACACA